UCCCUGGUGCUGUCUAGCCCUUCUUUUAUAGGUACUCUACAAGUACCAGCUCCAACUGCUCACUAGUGGAAAACCUUCCCUGCAGUUCUCACUGCCUCCAAGGAGGUACUUGAGGCCAACAGCCUCUCUCCACUUCGUGGUAGUCACCUUAACAACGCCUCAUCCCCACCAACACCUUCAAAGCUCGAAGCUUCAGUAAGAUCUUCAUUGGCAGGAAAUUUGUGCCAUGUCUGUUGUUGCAGAGCGGGACCUUGGAUUACCUGACCAAGAGCAAGAAGGUGGUAGGAUGGAUCACGACGCUGGACAAAGUGUCCUGCAUGUGCUGCCAAUCCAUGAGGCUGUUGAUGACAUCGAUGGAACCACAGGAUUUCUGCGUUCACAGGCAGUCUCGAGAGCCAUUAUAGGGGAAGAGCCGGGGCAGGAGGAGAUAUGGCCCGAUACUGAGGAGAUCUGCACUCAUGUGGAAGAGGUCUGGCCUGAUAUCAAGGACAUCUGGCCUGAUGUCGAGGACAUCUGCCAUAAAGUCGAGGACAUCUACCCUGAUGAUGAAGAAACCUGGCCUGAUGUCGAGGACAUCUGGCCUCAUGUCGGCGAAGUCUGGCCUUGUAUCAAGGACAUCUGGCCUGUUGUAGAGGACGACUGGCCUGAUAUCGAGGAAAUCUGGCCUGUUGUAGACGACAUCUGGCCUGAUAUCGAGGACAUCUGGCCUGAUGUCGAGGAAGGCUGGCAUCGCAUUGAGGACAUCUGGCCUGAUAUCGAGGACAUCUGGCCCGAUGUCGAGGAAGGCUGGCAUCGCAUUGAGGACAUCUGGCCUGAUAUCGAGGACAUCUGGCCUGAUGAAGCCUGGCCUGAUGUUGAAGAGGACAGGUAUGUCUGGAAUGGCGACAAGGAGAACGAAGUAGUUCAGGAGGAAGCUGAAGACGACCAGAACUACAAUAAUGAAGAAGAGGAGGAGGAGGACAACAAAGAUGACGACUAUGAAUAUGAGAAGAGAGGAGAAGAUGAGGUUGAGGAUCAGGGGAAGGAAAUGAUCCUGCAUGCUAUUAAGGGCAAAGGAAGCCAUGGAUAA